GGGCGAUAUCGUGCUGAGUCUUUGAACUGCCAGUGGUAGCACGACACCUACCCACAGGAGCUGGAGGCCUUGUUUGGCCUCCUCUUGGGCAUGGGAAUUGUCCGGUUGCCAGCUAUUACAGACUACUGGUCUAAUAAACGAUUUCUUGGACACAUUGAUUUUAAAUCUGUGAUGUCUUGCCGGCGGUUUAAUGCCAUUAUGCGAGCAUUUAUGAUGAACACUUUUACACCACCAAGGCGUCCUCAGAACACACCUGGUCUGGCUGCAGCUGCACCACCAGCAACUGAACCAGCAGUAGCUGCACCACUAGCAGCUGCACUACCACCACCACCAGCAGCCAGACCACCUCAACCGCCGGCAGACCAGCGACCAGUAGACCAGCAACCAGCAGACCAGCAACCAGACAAUGCAGGUGUGCCUGAGGACAGACUUUUUAAGAUUCGUCCUGUCCUCGACCAUAUCAAGCACACCUGCCGCCAGCUCUACCAUCCGGGGCAGGACAUUUGCAUAGACGAACGAAUGCUCCGGUUUAAGGGUAGAUCUGGUAUGAAACAGCACAUGCCCAAGAAACCCAUCAAAUGGGGGUUAAAGCUAUGGGUCCUAGCAACAUCAUGGGACCCAAACUUCCCCCUGGGAGCCGGCUACGUUGUUGAUUUUGACGUAUACCUUGGCUCUCAGGAAGGCGCCACCGAGGAAGGCUUGACCUCCAAGGUUGUCAUCGAGCUCCUGCAACCCCGCAACCCUGACACACCAGCAAGGUCUCUCGGCAAAGGUUACCAUCUAUACCUUGACAACUAUUAUUCAUCAAAACAACUUUUUGAAAAGCUGAGAGACAUACACAUAUACGCAGCUGGCACAAUACGUCGAUUAAGACGUGGUUUUCCACCCCAGCUGAAGGGCAAAUUGUUUGCGGGGCAGCAUAGAGGUGCCUGGAGGUGGACCAGGGAUGGACAGUGCCUCUAUGUAGUCUGGAAAGAUAGCGUGGAUUGCGCCUUGCUCACCACCAUACACGCUGGCACGUAUGACGGCAACACCGUGGAGCGUAGGAGCAAGGCCAACGGGGGUGCAGUAAAGGAAGUGCCAGCACCUCCAGUCAUUCCAGACUACAACAAGAAAAUGGGAGGUGUCGACCUCUUCGACCAGAUGAACAGCUUCUAUGCGGUCUUGAGGAAGGUUUUCUGUUGGCCUAUGGUUUACCUCUUCAACUUCCUUGAGACCGCUACCACCAAUUCAUACAUCUUAUAUCGAAGCUGUUCAGACAACAAGAUCAGUCAUAAAGAUUUCAUUCUGAAGCUGGUCGAAGAGUUAGUUGCUGGUCUAAGUGCCAGCAACAAGUACCAGGCUCAACGCACUGGAGGGCGACCUGGCAACAUCACUGCGGCUCCCGACUACAUGAGGCCGAUGUACCACAUGCCGGCCUGGAUGCUGAAAACAUGUUCGGGACGACAGUGUAUUGUAUGUAGAUUGCGGGAAAACCGUCGAACAUGUAUUUAUAGCUGUUGUGUAGAUUGCGGUAUUUUUUUAUGUUUUACUGGUCAAAGGAAUUGUUUUAAGGUUUAUCAUCAGUAUAGUAUGUUAGCUAAACAAUGUAGACUAGAGGUAAGUAGAUUAAGACGUGAAAGGCCAGAGGAUUCUAUUUUUAUAUAUCGAGAAGAAUUAAUGUAAGUAGUUGUAUAUACUUGUAGUUAUGAUGUGGUAAUCACAGUCUUGGUUUGUAGGAGUGGAAGUGUUUUUGAUACUAGGGCAGGAAUUAUCACUGUGUGUGCAACUAUUACCUCGUCAGAUAGAGGGGCGUGUUUCAUGUCCGGGAAGUUCCCUUUUGGGGGAACUCCCUGUAGUUGAAAUCAACUUUUUCUGUUGGGGAGACAACGUACUACGUGUGUGCCAAAUGGCGCUUUGAAAUUUGCAAGGACGUAUUUACAAUUGAUUUUCUUGCUCUAAGUGCCUGGUGGUGUCUGCCAGGCCCGACAAUGUGAAAA